AUGGACCGCCCGCCCUUCGGCCUGUCGGAGCGCCCACCCAUCGCCCCCGCCGCCGCCGCAGCCGCCGCCGCAGCCGCCGCCGCCGUCGCCGCGACGACCUCCCCGCCGCCGCCCAACCCCUACGCCAACCCGGCCGCCGGCGCGCGCUUUGCUGCCGGCCUGCUGCGGCGGCUGGGCGUGCCGCGGGCGGUGGUGGUUGGCCACUCUGCGGGGGCCGGGGUCGCGGUCGAGCUCGCGCUCAGGCACCCCGAGCUCGUCUCAGGGCUGGUGCUGGUCGCGCCCGCCCUGCCGACCGUGGACCGCGCCUCCCCGGCCUCCGUCCCCGGCGCCGGCGGCCUGCGCCAGCUGCUGCGGCUCGCGGCGACGCGGGCGCUGCUGGCGGCGGACGGGCCUGGGCUCCAUUACGUGCGGCGCCAGGUGGAGCGGCGGCGGCGGGAGCUGCAGCAG